CGCCGGCCCGACGCCGCGGCGCGCGAAAAUGUUGGAGAUCUGCCUGAAGUUGGUGGGCUGCAAAUCCAAGAAGGGGCUCUCCUCGUCCUCCAGCUGCUACCUGGAAGAAGCCCUGCAGAGGCCAGUGGCGUCCGACUUCGAGCCCCAGGGUCUGAGCGAGGCGGCUCGAUGGAACUCCAAGGAAAACCUUCUCGCUGGUCCCAGUGAAAAUGACCCCAACCUUUUCGUUGCGCUGUAUGAUUUUGUGGCCAGUGGGGACAACACUCUAAGCAUAACUAAAGGUGAAAAGCUCCGGGUCUUAGGCUACAAUCACAAUGGAGAGUGGUGUGAAGCGCAAACCAAAAAUGGCCAAGGCUGGGUCCCCAGCAACUACAUCACGCCGGUCAACAGCCUGGAGAAGCACUCCUGGUACCACGGGCCGGUGUCCCGCAACGCCGCCGAGUACCUGCUGAGCAGCGGCAUCAACGGCAGCUUCCUGGUGCGCGAGAGCGAGAGCAGCCCCGGCCAGCGGUCCAUCUCGCUGCGCUACGAGGGCCGGGUGUACCACUACAGGAUCAACACCGCGUCCGACGGCAAGCUCUACGUGUCCUCAGAGAGCCGCUUCAACACGCUGGCCGAGCUGGUGCACCACCAUUCCACCGUGGCCGACGGGCUCAUCACCACCCUCCACUACCCAGCCCCCAAGCGCAACAAGCCCACGGUCUACGGCGUGUCCCCCAACUACGACAAGUGGGAGAUGGAGCGCACGGACAUCACCAUGAAGCACAAGCUGGGAGGAGGCCAGUACGGGGAGGUGUACGAGGGCGUGUGGAAGAAGUACAGCCUGACGGUGGCCGUGAAGACCUUGAAGGAGGACACCAUGGAGGUGGAAGAGUUCUUGAAAGAAGCAGCAGUGAUGAAGGAGAUCAAGCACCCUAACCUGGUGCAGCUCCUGGGGGUCUGCACCCGGGAGCCCCCCUUCUACAUAAUCACCGAGUUCAUGACCUACGGGAACCUGCUGGACUACCUGCGCGAGUGCAACCGGCAGGAGGUGACCGCGGUGGUGCUGCUGUACAUGGCCACUCAGAUCUCGUCCGCCAUGGAGUACCUGGAGAAGAAAAACUUCAUCCACAGAGAUCUAGCCGCCCGCAACUGCCUGGUGGGGGAGAACCACUUGGUGAAGGUGGCCGACUUCGGCCUGAGCAGGCUCAUGACGGGGGACACGUACACCGCCCACGCCGGGGCCAAGUUCCCCAUCAAGUGGACGGCGCCCGAGAGCCUGGCCUACAACAAGUUCUCCAUCAAGUCCGACGUCUGGGCGUUUGGAGUGUUGCUUUGGGAGAUUGCCACCUACGGCAUGUCGCCUUACCCUGGAAUUGACCUGUCCCAGGUGUAUGAGCUGCUGGAGAAGGACUAUCGCAUGGAGCGCCCGGAGGGCUGCCCCGAGAAGGUCUACGAGCUCAUGCGCGCCUGCUGGCAGUGGAACCCCUCGGACCGGCCCUCCUUUGCAGAGAUCCACCAGGCCUUUGAGACCAUGUUCCAGGAGUCCAGCAUCUCCGACGAGGUGGAGAAGGAGCUGGGGAAGAAGGGCGCGCGCGGGGCGGCGGGCGCCUUGCUGCAGGCCCCGGAGCUGCCCACCAAGACCAGGACCUCCAGGAGAGCGGCCGAGCACAGGGACGCCGCCGACGCGCCCGAGACGCCCCAGGCCAAGGGCCCGGGAGACCCCGAUGCUGUGGACCACGAGCCGGCGGUGUCUCCGCUGCUCCCUCGGAAGGAGCGGGGUCCCCAGGACGGCAGUCUGAACGAAGACGAGCGCCUUCUCCCCAAAGACAAAAAGACCAACUUGUUCAGCGCCCUGAUCAAGAAGAAGAAGAAGACAGCUCCAGCCCCCCCCAAACGCAGCAGCUCCUUCCGGGAGAUGGACGGCCAGCCCGAGCGCAGGGGGGCCGCCGAGGACGAGAGCAACGGGGCGCCGGCACCCCCGGCUGGCGUGGGCGAGGUGGCCGCCCGAGAGCCACGCCUGCUGGGCAUCGCGGCCCUGCUGGGGUCAGGCGCCCGGCCGGCCCAGGCGGCCACCCCUCUGGCUCCAGAGGCCUCCCCCUGCCUUUGA